AUGUCCGACCUUUCCGUUGAGCUGACGGCUCCCAAUGGAGUCAAGUACACCCAACCGACUGGUCUUUUCAUCAACAACGAGUUUGUCAAGUCUGCGAAGGGCGAGACAAUUGAAUCGAUAGACCCAGCCACUGAGGAGAAGAUCGCUUCUGUCCAGGCCGCAGAGGAGGAAGACAUUGACAAGGCCGUCAAAGCCGCGUAUGCUGCACUGAGACAUGAGUCCUGGAAGGGGAUCUCGGCAACAGAUCGUGGGGCCAUGAUGUACAAGCUCGCCGACUUGAUAGAGCAACACAAGGAGACUCUCGCAACCAUUGACGCAUGGGACAACGGCAAGACGUACAACGACGCCCUUGACAUUGACCUGGCGGAGUGCGUCACCGUCAUCCGCUACUAUGCGGGCUGGGCCGACAAGACUUACGGCCAGACGAUCAGCACUAUCCCUCAAAAGUUUGCAUACACGAUUCGCCAGCCCAUUGGAGUGGUCGCUCAAGUGCAAGUAGCCUCUCCUAAUACGAGGACCGGGAAUGGAUACUGA